CUGCAUGCGCAGUUGCGCGAGACAGAACCGUACUGACAGUUCGCCACACACCCGUCUCUGUUUCCUGCCCUAAUGGCAACGGAGGACAAAGGAAAAACAGCGGCGCUUCAGGCUUUACCGGAAAUAGGAUCCCUCUCAACAACACACAUCAAUCCCAACAAUAAUAAUAACAACAACAAUAACAACAAAGACAGCGACGGAAGCGAAUCAGCCACGACAGCCGCAUCCACUGCCGUUGAAUCCGUCGGGGAGAAAAACAUCACAGGCAACGGUUCUGUCGUUAACAUCACCGGAGGCAAUAACGGCAAAUGGGUCCGUCUCAACGUCGGUGGGACGGUGUUUCUAACGACACGUCAAACGCUGCUCAAGGAACAAACUUCAUUUUUGUAUCGACUGUGUCAGCAGAAGGACCUUCACUCAGAUACGGAUGAAACUGGUGCAUAUGUGAUUGAUCGAGACCCCACCUAUUUCGGUCCCAUACUCAACUACCUACGACAUGGGAAGCUGGUUUACAACAAGGAGCUGGCAGAAGAAGGUGUGCUGGAGGAGGCCGAAUUUUACAACAUAACACCACUGAUUAAAUUAAUCAAAGAACGGAUUCUUGAAAGAGACUCCAAAGCCACACAGCAGGUACCACCAAAGCACGUGUAUCGGGUAUUGCAGUGUCAGGAAGAGGAGCUCACCCAGAUGGUGUCCACCAUGUCGGAUGGCUGGAAGUUUGAGCAGAUGGUGAACAUCGGCUCGUCUUACAGCUAUGGCACCGAGGACCAGGCCGAAUUUCUCUGUGUAGUGUCAAAAGAGCUACACACCUCAGGUGGAGGACUGGGGACCGAGCAGAAUCACAAGACUAAGACCUCGGAAACACAGGAGGAAGAUGGAGCAAGGGGGGAAGAGGAAGUGGAGGAGGAAGACAGAAAUGCCACUCCCAAUGAUUGGAUUAGAGAUUAGCAGAAACAUAGUGUACCCAAGGAAUUGCUUUUCCAGAUCCAUGGAUCCCGGAUGUAGGACGAAAUGAAUUUUAUUUUUCUAGAUAUUUAUUUGAUUGUGCUCUUUGAUGCUGGUUUUAAAGCCAUACUUUUUAGAUUUGUUGACUUGAGCAACACGUAUUAGGAGACGACAAUUUCACAACCAGCAGCAAAAAACUGUGCUGAAUUAAAACGUUUCUAUAAGCGGAUUACAAUUUAAGACGACACCGUUAUAUCUUAGUACACAACCUGUUACCAAAGAGUGCAAACUAGUUAUUAAACAAUGCAUUUGAAUAAAAAAGACAGAAAUAUCCUGACAAUGAGGGUUGUUGUUGUUUCGUUUUUUUUUUUUUUACAUAAAUAGAAUGACAAUGUUAUCAAACUUUGUGGAUAUGAAACAAAUCAUUUAUUCAUCAGGUUUUAGGUCUUGCACAAAAUAGUACCUCUACAUACAGCCAGGCAAACGUGUAGAUCGGUUGUGGGUAUAGUGCCAGAAGUGUCACACUGGCAGACCACCAGAAGUGCACUAUACCCCUAUUUUCAGUCUGCAGCAAUUCAUUAUGAUAGUCAGUGGCGCCAGCUACAAGGUUAUGAUGUCAUUUUAGGUCACUGGGAUGUCUUUGGGUGCUGUAUGUUAUAUAUAUCGACAUUUAAGUUCCUGAACACAAGGUCUUGCACUCUAGUCAAAACUUUAGUUGAUUAGCUUAUGUGCUUAAACUUUAUUUGUACAUUUAUAGUACUGUACACAUUGAUUGUGUCAAGGAUGAAAGUCUUUGAUUUGAUUGCCAGUUACACAAUUGAUCAAAUAUUCAAGUUAAGCACUUUCUGCUCCCUUUAGCAUAGAGCAGAGCAAGUCUGCAUUCUUUGGACAUGCUAUAGGCCGAUUCGCAUGUCUGCGGUUGUUUAUUACAUAUGCUGUAGUUUUGCACAGAUUUGCAUAGAUAUCCAGAUGGGUGGAAGUCAUUUAAAACAGCUAGGAGUAUGUAAAUGUGUGUUAAGUUCAGUCUGCAUUUGUAAUGGUGCAAGGACUUGUUAAUGUAUUUAUAAAGUGGCAAGAGGCAAAGAUUUUGUUGUUGUGGAUUAGUGUGUUACUGGAUGAAUCAUUUCUAUUGAUGUACAUGUUAGCACCAAUGGCACAUCGUUGAACAAAAUGUGAACAUAUUGACAGUCCUUGUGUCUAGACAGAGAGCAGUGAAUCAUUUGUAAUGUCUUAAAUUUGACAGUGGGAGUAGAAAGAAACAAUGAUUUUUUUUCCAAAAUAAGACAACGGUCCAAGUGUUGAACAAAUCGAAUCAUUAACUUUUUGAAAUAUAUUUAAGUUUAUAUUUUUAUUUAGUGUGUCAACAUAUGUCCAACAUAUUUAUGACCUUUGCUUUUUUUAUAAAGUGUAAUGCUACUUACUGUACCGUUUUUUUAAAGUGAUCAUGAAUUAAUUCACAAAGGGGCGGUUUCCCGGACAGAGCUUAUAUCCUUGUCCAAACUAAAAUGCUUGUUUGAGCUGGCUUAAUUUAAAAACAUCUUGCACUGAUGUAUCUCAGUGUAAAAUGUGCAGCAUUAUGUUUAAACAACUUAAACAAAUUAGUCAAUUUUCUUGAAAAAAAAAUCCAGGUAAUUUAC